AGAGUAAAGUGGGCUCACUGCAGCAGAGUCAGUCAGUCACUAUGAUCGGACAGAGCCUGCUCAGCCUGCUGCUGCUCGUGCUGUGGUGCUUUGUGCACGAGUCCACAUCUGCAGAGAACGCCACGCUCCAGAGUAACGGGACUGACACUGUGUUUAAUAAUAACGGGACAUUAUUAGCUUUUAAUAAUGAAACGCGGAACGAGACCGGAGCGAAAGAGGCAGCAGAAGAUCAGCGGAGGGUUCCUGAGAUUCAUCCGCAGAAAGAAGAGCCAAGCAAACCCGACUGUCCACCAGUGGGAAUGAAGUCUCUGCGGGUGUCUGAUUACCAGCUGCAGGCCUCCACAUCCCUGAGUAGUGGGUUAGGCCCUCACAGAGGACGUCUUAACAUACAGUCAGGUAUAGAGGAUGGAGAUGAGUAUGAUGGAGCCUGGUGUGCUGGGGUGAAGGAUCAACAGCAAUGGCUGCAGCUGGAUGCUCUCAGGCCUACACUUUUCACUGGGGUCAUUCUACAGGGCAGGAACUCCAUCUGGAGCUGGAACUGGGUUACUAAAUAUAAGGUGCAGUUCAGUAACGACACGCAGACUUGGAGCCCCGCCAUGAAUGGAUCACAAGAAGCGGUAUUUGUGGGGAAUCAGGACAUAGAGACCCCUGUACUGGCUCUGUUCCCGGAGCCCACAGUGGCCCAGUUUAUCCGAAUCAACCCACAGAGCUGGUUCAUCAAUGGAACAAUCUGCCUUAGGGCUGAAAUCCUGGGCUGCCCCAUGCCAGAUCCCUACAACCUGUACCCCAUGGAGCCUGAAAGGACUUCUACAGACAAAUUAGAUUUCAGACACCAUAAUUACAAUGCGAUGAGAAAGUUGCUGAAGGAAGUAAACGACAAGUGCCCUAAUAUCACCCGUAUCUACACUAUUGGAAAAAGCUACACUGGACUUAAACUGUAUGUCAUGGAGAUUUCCGAUAACCCUGGAAAACAUGAACUGGGUGAGCCAGAGUUCCGUUACGUCGCCGGGAUGCAUGGAAAUGAGGUUUUGGGUCGGGAGCUGCUGCUGAAUCUUAUGCAAUACGUCUGCCACGAGUACAGACGAGGCAACCAGCGAAUAGUUCGGCUGGUGAAAAACACACGCAUCCACCUCUUACCAUCUAUGAACCCUGAUGGCUAUGAGACAGCAUAUGAGAAGGGUUCCGAGCUUGCUGGCUGGGCUUUGGGUCGCUACAGCUUUGAGAACAUCGACAUGAACCAUAACUUCCCUGACCUUAACAACAUCAUGUGGGAUGCUCAGGACCUGGCAACAGACAAGAAGAAAGUCAGCAACCACUACAUUCCCAUGCCAGAGUACUACACCACCACUGAUGCAACCGUUGCUCCAGAGACCCGAGCCGUAAUAAACUGGAUGCAGGAUAUUCCAUUCGUGCUGAGCGCUAAUCUCCAUGGAGGAGAGCUGGUGGUAACUUACCCGUUCGACUGCACACGAGACUGGAUCCCUCGCCAGGACACGCCUACUCCUGAUAACGACUUCUUUCGUUGGUUAGCAGCGGUUUACGCUUCCACCAAUCUGGUCAUGGCAAACCCUGAUCGCAGAAUCUGCCAUUAUGAAGACUUUCAGCAGCACAACAACAUCAUUAAUGGAGGGGACUGGCACACUGUCCCUGGAAGUAUGAAUGACUUCAGCUACUUACACACAAACUGUUUCGAGGUGACUGUAGAGUUAUCAUGUGAUAAGUUCCCUCAUGCCAGUGAGCUUCCUGUUGAGUGGGAGAGUAACAAGGAGUCUCUUCUGCUCUACAUGGAACAGGUGCACAGGGGUAUUAAAGGUGUGAUCAGGGAUAAAGACACCAAAGAAGGCAUCGCUAAUGCUGUUGUUAAAAUAGUGGGCUUGGACCAUGACAUCAGAUCAGCUGUUGAUGGUGAUUACUGGCGCCUACUGAACCCAGGUGAAUAUAAAGUGAUCGUGUGGGCGGAGGGCUACAUGCCCUUUAUCCGCCGCUGCACUGUGGGCUCAGAUCCUCAGCCCACCAUCUGCGACUUCACCCUUACCAAGACACCCCUCGAACGAAUCAAGCAGAUCCAGGCCAAAGGUGGGAAGCUUCCCCGGGACGAGCAGCUCCGCAUCCGGGCUUUACGAAUGCGUAAACUCAGGGUCAGCACCAAGAUCCUGAACCGCCGCCGCGAGCAGCAACAGCAGCAGCAACAGCGGCGCAGCAAAGCCAGAAGAAAGUGACCGGAACACUCACACUGACCGCACAGAGAAACCAGCCAGGCACUGCUUCCAGAGACAGGAUGGAGAGAGGUCUACAGAGAAGUGUGUGAUUAAGAGUGACAUUUUUAAUUUCCAUAUUUCUUGAGGGACUUUAAACCUAGCCAAAAAAAGAUUCUGAAGCUAGUCAAAUGUUGCAUACUUAGUACUGCAUUAGAAACACCACCUAGUCUUCACAGUUAAAUUCACCCACAUCUGCUCUGCACAAAUGGUUGUUCUCUGACCAGCAUUUAAACACUGAAUGUUUUAUUGCUAAAAACUGACUCCUGUUGGAGCUCAGAAAAAAUCUGAGGGUGUAGCUGGUUUUCUACACUCUUAACAUUUUUGUAUCACUAAAAUGUAUUUUAUUUACCACAUACUUUAAUAAUAAAUACCACUUUCUUUCAACUAA